AUGGGCUGCACCUCGGCCAAGCAGGUGUCGGCAGUGCCAAGUGGUGAGGAGGGCCGCAGUAAAGCCUACAGCAAUGGGGACCUUCUUUCCGACGAGUACAAAAAAGGAGUGGAAAAGGUCAAAUAUAUCAAUGGAGAAGAGGACAGACUGAACACCUGCAACCAGGACAGCACGGAGAAAACUGCCCUGCUCACUAGGGUCCAACGCACAGAUGACACAGGAUCAAAUGGCAAUGGGAAGACACAUAUCCAUUCUUCAGAGAGCCAGCAAGAGUUCUUCAGGAUGCUGGAUGAGAAGAUAGAAAAGGGGCAGGACUACUGCUCAGAGGAAGAGGAUAUGACAUAG